AUGAUAAAACCUUCGAUUUAUUUGACGACCCUUGAGGAUUCGAGUACAAAUGUUGAUGCCAUAACGGAAUUCUUAAACCAAGUUACGCGAGCUCAUAAGGAACAUCAGAAAAAGAUGCAAGUACGUUCUAGGUAUGAACGAACUGAAACGUAUUGGGCUCCCGUGCAAAUUUUAUCUUCAAAUAGAGGUUUGGAUACCGUUGCAUUAGAUGAACCGCAUGAAUUAUUACUAAGAAAAGAAUUAGAAACGUUCGUACACGAUAAAAGUUUCUACGAAAGAAUUGGUAUGCCUUAUCGACGUGGUAUCCUAUUAUAUGGAAAACCAGGAACGGGAAAAACCAGCUUGAUAAAUGCUAUCUCUUCACAAUUAUCUCGUGAUAUUUAUUACUUAAAUCUCAAAAACUUUAAAAGUGAUAAUGAAUUAAAUUCCGCAAUUUGCGAGAUUCCCGGCAAUAAAAUCAUUGUGCUUGAAGAUGUUGACACACAAUCAAAAGUUAUUCAUAAACGAACUGGAAAACGGUUCCCAUCCAAAAGAACCAAUAUAUCUUCCGAUAAAAAAGAAAAUAAGGGUGAAGGCGUGGGUCCAAAAUUGGAUAAUAGUUCAAAAUUUAGUUUAUCAACUUUCUUGGGAUUUUUGGAUGGUCAUACCUUGUCCGAAGGGAAUAUUAUCAUCAUGACGACAAAUCACUUGGAACAUCUUGAUCCUGCUUGUAUUCGUCCUGGUCGUAUGGACGUGCAACUUAACCUUGGUUAUUGUACUCAUUAUCAAAUCAAAAAUAUGUAUAAAAGUGUGGUCGAAAGUCCCAAAGCUGAAUUCCCUCAAGAUAUUCUUGAAAAAAUUCCGGAACGUUUGUUGCCACCUUGUGAAGUUAUGAUGACUAUGGUUUUAUAUCGUAAUGAAAUUGAUCUCAUUCCACAAAAGGUUCAUGAGUUGGUCGCAAAAUACAUUAACACGAAACCUGACGAUGUUUCCGAUGAUAGUGGAAGUACUGAAAUAUAUUCCGAUGAUAGUGGAAGUACUGAAGAUGAUAGUGAAAGUACUGAUGUAUGA